AUGACAGAUGAUAGUGGAUCAGCGGUUGCAAUAUUAUUAGGCGAACUAAUAAUCUCGGUGAAAUUUCUUGAUAUGACCGCCGCAGAUAUCUGUGAAAUAAUCUCGGUAAAGAAACAACCAUUACCUCUUGAACAUGUUCGACAGUGUCUUCCUCAUAAACUCUUCAAGAUACAACCGAGGAAAGCAUUUUCUAGAACUUCUGAUAUGCGGUUGUUCAUUGUGUCCUACUUUGUCAAGGAAGAUUUGUUUCAGUUGCCCGCACCAGUAGCCUCUGAAGAAAUUGGAGAAAGCAGUAACACUAAAUUAGAAAAUGUUGCAACAAGGAAAGAGCUGAAGAAAGAGUUAGAAAGCUGGAGAAAGCAGUCAGUCGACUAUGGAAGAAGUUACACCCAGAGAAGAGCUGGAGAACGAGUUAACUACAGAAGUUGGCUCUUCUACCAAAAGGCAACAAACUGAGCUGGAGACACCCCCCCCAAGAAAAAAUGAAGGUUAAUAAACUUUGUCUCUACUUUUUUAUUACUCUUUUUAACAUGAAGAAUAAAUAAGUCACACAGAACUCAAAUAAAAAUAGAUGUAACAAUGACAACAUCAAAAUUGGAAGAAACCUUUGAAGUUUCAUCUGGUCUUGGUACCUUCGAA